AUGCUCAAAACAGUCAUCUUCUUGGGUCUGUGUGUUUCUGCAACUGUUGGAACGAGAUUUCUGUUCGGAGUCGAGCUGAGAUGUCCGCUGGACAGUGUGUUCGAGUUCAAGAUUGAACACAAAGAGGCGGACGACGGAUGCCGCCUCUUUUGGUGUGACUACGACGAUAUGAUCACGUCGAAAAUGACGCUGACCGCUUGGAAAAAGCUAUUUUUCUACCAAGACGGCAGCCAAGACGGGGACAAAGGCUUUGGCAUGUACGAUCCAUAUGCUCUUAUCCAUCACAACUGUUCCAGUGACGGAAAGAUCCUUGUUUAUCGGCAUAACUUAAAACGAAUUCCGCAAAGCAUCGGGUUAGUCUAGGCAGGGUUACGCUUAGUAACAGAAAAUCAUGCAGGCUUGUGUUCAUGGACUAUGCCAUAAACCUACUCGACAAAUCGGGCUACGGCUCUGAAGAAUGA